CUUCACCAUAGCUCCAUAAGGGUGCUCCCCGCUGCAUAUACUAUUCGAAUCCUCUCUCUCCAUUCUCUCCCCCUCCUCACAUUCAUUGCGUACCUCACACCCACCGCGCAACAUGUCACAACUUCUCAAGAAGUCCCUCAAGCUCGCCCUGGUGCAACUCGCAUCCGGCGCCGACAAAACCGCGAACCUGCACAACGCACGCACCAAAGUCCUCGAAGCCGCCAAAGCCGGCGCAAACCUCGUCGUCCUCCCCGAGUGUUUCAACUCGCCCUACGGGACAAAAUAUUUCGAUAAAUACGCCGAAACCCUCCUCCCCUCACCCCCCAGCGAAUCCGCCUCCCCGACCUUCCACGCGCUCAGCAAACUCGCAAAAGAGGCCAACGUCUACCUCGUCGGCGGCUCGAUCCCCGAGCGCUCAGAUACAGACUCGAAAAAGCUCUACAACACAUCCCUAACCUUCUCCCCCUCGGGCGACCUAAUCGCAACACACCGCAAAGUCCACCUCUUCGAUAUCGACAUCCCGGGCAAGAUAAAAUUCGUCGAGUCCGAAGUGCUCUCACCAGGGAACAAAAUCACCAUCGUCGACUUGCCCGAGUACGGCAAGAUCGGUAUCGCGAUUUGCUAUGAUAUACGGUUCCCAGAGCUGGCGACGAUCGCGGCAAGGAAGGGCGCGUUCUUGUUGCUGUACCCGGGCGCGUUUAAUUUGACGACGGGCGCGCUGCAUUGGGAGUUGUUGGCCAGGGCGCGGGCGACGGAUAACCAGGUGUUUGUGGGGUUGUGCAGUCCAGCGAGGGAUAUGAAUGCAGACUACAAUGCGUGGGGGCACAGUAUGGUUGUUGAUCCGAAUGCGCACGUGCUGCAGCAGUUGGAUGAGAAGGAAGGGAUCGUUGUGCAAGAGUUGGAGACGGGCAAGAUUGAGGAGACACGGAAGGGCAUCCCGCUGUACACACAAAGGCGGUUCGACGUGUACCCAGAUGUCAGUGAAGGCGGAAGAUUCAAGGAGUAGAGCAUCU